AUCAACCAGCAAACGUCUCUACGCAACAACGUGACAAUGCCCUUACGAAGAAUGUGACUGAUCCGUUUGCUUCAGCAGUGAAAGCUUCCUAACGAGAAGGAAUCAUCAAGCGCGCUAUCUCUGCUAUCUCACGCCCAUCACAAUACGCCAAACCUGGGCACCUGCAAUUGGCAACGCUUGCAAAGCUACCACACUCGCGACUGCCUAUCUACAAUGGCUGUCCCCGAUGCCGCCUCUGAAAGUGCCUUGACGGCGAGGCUGAAUUACUUGCUCCGACGUGCGCGUACAAUCAAGCGGAGCACCUCCAUCGAUCCUCCGCUCCAGGUCACGGCACUUGUAUCAGACAACGAACCCGUUUUGGAGCGGAUAGAUCCGGACAAAGAGAUACAUAUGCUUGCCAUCGAGAGUGCCGCAAAGCACGUCUUCUAUGCCAACCUCGGAUCCACCCGGAUCGACGACCCGUCUUUUGUUACCAUAUGGAAUCUACUCGACAUUCUGCAGUAUUGUGGAGACCGAGACUUGUGCUCCCAGCAGCUAGUCCUGCUCCUUGUUGAGGAGUUGCUAGACAGUCUGUCUAUCGCCGCUUGCCGAACUGCUUUCCGCUUUCUCGAAUCACGGAGGGAAGCUAUCAUUGCCACCAGAUCCCAAAACAAAGACUUAGUCAUCCUGCGGUUAUGCAACGAGCUUCUCCGUCGCUUGUCUCGCGCAGAAGAUCCGGUGUUCUGUGGGCGCGUGUACAUCUUUUUGUUCCAAAGCUUUCCUUUGGGCGACAAGAGCUCUGUCAAUCUGCGUGGCAACUUCCAUGUCGAGAACGUAACGACUUUCGAGGACUAUCUGAAGACGUCGAGCCCGGAAGGAGAUGAAAUGCAGGUUGAAGCGAGCCGCCCUGAGGAGAUUGUCAAAGAGGAAAGCAAGUCGGAGGAGAAAGAGGCCAAACCAACGAAGUCCGACAAGGCCACCAAAGGGACGCCUCCUACGUUGGACUUUGACACACUCUAUCCGGUGUUCUGGUCUUUGCAACAUUCUUUCUCAAACCCGCCGAGACUGUUCCAUGAGGAGAACUUCAAGCAGUUUCAGAGGGGUUUAGAGGAAACACUCGCAAAGUUCAAGGAAGUGCCCAAAGUCAUCCAGUCCGGAGACUCAGCCCGCAGGGCAGGAGGGCAUCCGCGAUCGGAUGACAACCAUGACGAAUAUGCAAGCGCAUUCAACCCGAAAUAUCUCACAAGCCGUGAUCUAUUCAAGCUCGAGCUGAGCGAUCUGGCGUUUCAACGCCACAUCCUGGUCCAAGCACUCAUACUGAUCGACUUCCUCUUAACGCUCACAGAGAAGUCAAAGAAGAAGGCCUACUAUCAGAACGCGCAGAAAGCAAUGCAGUAUGGCUUCACACUGAGCGAGGACGAUACCGCGUGGGCGUUGGGCAUCAAGAACUCGAUUGCAAAUUACCUGCAGGACGGUCCAGAUGGCAAAUUCUACUAUCGAAUGGUGGAUACCGUGUUAUCCCGCGAUAAGAAUUGGGUAAGGUGGAAGAUGGAGAACUGCCAGCCGUUCACUCGCGAUAGAGUCCCCGCAAAAGACUUCCUGGAGUCAAAAUCUGGGGCACAGAGGGCGGUCGCGUCUAAGAAGACUACUAAGCCUGCAACACUGCCACCGACUCUGCAGUUCUUGUCUAACACGGAGGCCGAAAAGGGGCUGUCGCAGCUGAGGCAGCCUGACAGGUUCACCCAGCCAAGCGCAGAGUCAUAUGCGAAGCAGGUUCGGAUGAGUGAGCUAGACCUGGACAUAGCUGAUGCGGAAGAGGAAAAGCGCCAACUGGAGGAAAAGAAAACAAGCAACACAUGGCGCGGUCUCCGCCUGGCGUCAAAGGACCGGCUCAGCUCAUUCGACAGGCUCGAACAUGGCAAAGGUCUGGAGAGGCUCUUUCAGCCGGUCACGUCGUCGAUUGAGGCGACAGGCGAUGACAAUGCACCCACUGCUCCGGAAGACAGGGAUUGCGUUCCGCAAGAAGAGCAUUAAAGCGUCGAGGAGCAGCGGCCCGGCCAACAAAGUCAAGUGACGGCGGACAUGGCGGAGUAGCAGCAGGGGCAGCAGGGGCAGCAGGGCGCCUACACCAGAUAGGUAUCAAUUGUCGAAGUCUGUUCAAAGCAUGCAGCUGUCGUGAAGCUUUUCUCUUUACGAUGAUGUGCAGGACGGGGA